AUGUGUGUGCUAGCGUAUGGGACAUCAACAGAUGCACAUGAUGAAUAUUUAAGAAUAAGUAAAACUGUAACAAGGGAUGCUCUUAUGAAGUUCGUAGAAGAUGUUAUUUCCUGUUUCAGUCAAGAGUACCUUAGAAAGCCCAAUGAUAAUGAUUUAGCAAGAUUACUCUAUGUUGGGGAAGAACGUGGAUUCCCAGGAAUGAUUGGCGGCAUUGAUUGUAUGCAUUGGGAAUGGAAAAAUUGUCCCAAUGCUUGGGCUGGACAAUAUACAGGUAGACGCGGCAAACCAACAAUCAUUUUAGAAGCCGUUGCAUCAUAUGACUUAUGGAUAUGGCACGCAUUCUUCGAAACACCAGGUCCGUGCAAUGAUAUUAACGUCCUUUAA